AUGGCAGCACAGAGUAAACUUGCAGAGGUAGCAUUCAAAUGCACCUGCCAGGAGUUUGUCCAUCCUUGGACCUCUAGUUGUGCCUGUGCGACGGCUGGGAUGUUACUAUCCCUAAUCCCUGGCACCUUUCGAACCUAUAGUAUGGUCUAUAUGUUCUCACUAGCUAUGCGUAUGCGCAUUCCAUCGCUCAAGGACCUUAAAAACACUGUAUUAAGCAUUCUACAAUCGACCGCUUUCCUCUCCCUGAAUGGCAGCCUGUUUAUCCUGGCCAUUUGUCUGGUGCGCCAGAUUCUGGGUGGAUUCUAUUUUUAUACGGCUACCUGGGUGCCGGCACUUUUGGUCAGCUCCUUAUCGCUGGUAGUCGAGCGUCCGGAGCGACGUGCUCCACUGGCCAUGUAUGUGGCCAACGUGGGAGUGGAGUCGCUGUGGAAAUUGCUGGAGGCCCGAGGCCUGGUUCGAUCUAUUCCCAACGGACAGGUGCUAAUCAUGGGCGUCAGUCUCACCGCUUUGAUGUAUCUAUAUCGCGCUGGACUCCACAAAACAGUGGCCAAGGAUGCGACCUUCAAGGGAUUGGGUCUCAUUGUGGGCAAGGAGGAGGAGGGUCCCCUGCAGACUUCCAUAUUGAACACCUCUCGGAGAUCCCGCCCGCCAAGGCUGAAUAUCCGUUGCAUCUCAUCUAACCUGCUGAUAUAUGACCAACUGAUGGCCCUCAAACAUCCCAGUUGUCCACACAAACAUGGUUGUGCUCUAUACGCCCUCCUUGGUGGUCUAAAACCCUUCCUAGGCGGUGUGGGUCUUCAAGUGGGUUUAAAGCUGCUGCUCAACAUUCCCAAGAUAUUCCAGUUCAGGAUGCAGUGGCGUCAGCAGAUCUUCAACAAGGGGUCUUUGCAGUUGGGCCUAGCGCUGGGAAUCUUUUCACUGCUCUUCAAGUCUACAUCUUGUGCCCUGCGACACUCUUUUGGAUAUGAUAAAGCUAUAUUUGCAAUUCCGGCUGGCUUAAUGGGAUCAAUUGGACUGCUGCACUUUCCCAAUACCACAGUUUCCUUGUACCUGAUGUUCAAAUCCCUACAACUCUUGUACAACUGGGGUGUCUUCCAGGGAAAGGUUCCCGAGGUGCCGAACUUCUCCUUGAUCAUGUACGGAUUUUUCACGGCCGUGCUCUGUCACUCAACCGUACUGGAAGCACAGUCCAUGCGGCCAAGCUACUUCAAGUUUAUCGAGACUAUUUCAGGAGGUCGUCUAAGCCGGUUCAAUUUGAAACCCUUCGAGGCUUUUGGAGUACAAAGUCAGGAUCAGGCCAACCAAGUGAUCAAGAAGCUGGGCAUUGUUGCGACCUCGGCGUACCCUCUAUUUCCCCUGACUGUUUAGAAUUCCUUCCAUUUAAUGUUCUUUUCUCCAAAUAUAGAAAAAAUUUAUUGUAAAAUGGAGUUCACAUAUUAGCCUUGUAAGAGGCUAAUAUGUUAGUAAAGGUAUUCCCCAAAAUAAUUUUUGCUAUAUAAUAUGUUAGAUAUGGUGUUAAUAUGUUUUAAUGUGCUUAACUGAAUCGAAUGUCUUUUUAAAGGGUAACAAAUUU